GUAGACAGAUAUUAAAUACAUAUAAGUUAAAAGCAAACAGUAAUUCAAUCAGUACCUGAACAUACAGUACAAUGCAGAAUAGCUUGACCAGAAGGAAGUUAGCAUUACAGCAAUACUGCCAUCUUCUGGAGAGAAUUAGCAACGCAUGUGAACUUUAUUAAUGGUUCUGGGUUAAAAAAAGAAAGGGAUAAGAACAAAAACAAACCCAUUUGCCUUCAACAAAAAUAAAUAAAGCAAAACAAUACGUUGACAACACCAAGGGCGAUAAUAAAAUAAAUUUGGAACAAGCAAAACAAUUUUCCAAUUUGGACAAACACAAAUAAAUUACCUUUGGAAAAAACUGGAUUUGUUUCUCAGUUAUGAAGCUAAUCUAGAUGAGUCAUGUUAAUGAGUUACGCAAUGAAUAUGUGAUUCAUUCAGAACUGAACAAUCACCAGAAGGACUUCUUUUUUAAAAAAAAUGCUGUUUUUAUUAUUAAUUUUGUAAAUUUAAUGGACAUUAGAAAAAAUAAUACAAUUAACAUUUUAGCUACAUGUCUGUCUAUAAAUAACUUAUCUUUUCCUACACAUCUGCCUAUAGGAUGAUCACUAUAACUCUGCUUGCCAGGUGUUUGCUUGUUUAAUCUGACCUUUAUUGAAAAAAAGAACUAUUGAUAAAAGAAAGUCCGAAGAGGACACAGCAAACAUGCAGACAAAGAGGCUCUGGUUAGAUGAGAUACAGCUGAAUGUUUUGGCCUUGAUGCAGAAUAUUUUACAUGGAGGAAACACACACAUUGCCCAUCACCCUGAACGCACCAUUGUCUGUGAAACAUAGGGAUGGCAGCAUCUUGAUGUGGGUUGUCUUUUUUCAGGAAGAACAGGCAAUCUGUUCAAAAUUGUUGGAAGGCUGGAUGGAAGUAGAAAAAGGAACAUUAUGAAAAAACAAAACCUGUUGGAAGUUGCAAAGUGUUUGAGUUUGAGCUGGAGGUUCACUGCAGCAGGAUGACAACCCUUAACAUAAAGUCAGAGCUUUAACGAAAUAUUUAAACUCCAUAUUUCAGCUCAAAUUUUUAUACAAGUACCAAUAAAGCAAACGUUAAGGUCUCCAAGCAGCACUAUCUUAAAUAAACGUCUUUAUUGAAAAGUGCAAACGGAUAGAAAUACUUUAUUAUUGUGUACAGUCCAACUGGCUAGCUGCAGUCUGGUCAGUGAAGACAUCAAUAAGCAAAUACAACUGGAUAACAGCAAACUUUAGCUUGAAGUCAACAGAAGUAUCCCAGCACAUAGCGCACUGGAAUUGAUACAAAAUCUUUCUUCUGAGAAUCCAAGAAGUCAAAACUCUCUGAGGUACUUUCCACAGCUUGAGAGCCAUAUGGUCCAGUCAAAGUCCAGACUUCAAUUCUGUGGCAGAGCUUUCUGUUCCAAUUUAACCUAUUCUAAACUUGAUUACAUAAAAAAAAUAAUAAACAUAAUGACAAAGUCGUCAUUUUUUAUCUUUAUCGAACACACUUGUCGGGAGCAAUUGAUGCAGCAUGGCGAAGUUGGCCAUAAGGCGGAACAUCGUGAGGAAGAUCAUGCUUCCUGCCUGACUGCUCCUUUAACUCAGAGACCACCUGCUCCUCUGGCGUCAGCAGCGCCCACGGGCGGCACGAUGGCUGCACGAUCGAUCCGGCAGUGAAAUGUUGCAAUGGGACAUCUUCUCAUAACAACGCUGGCAUGCGCCGGAUAAAAGGCACGGGAACGACUCCUUUUUUACCCUCAAACCUCUUGUAUCAGGUUUUGCCAGAAACAUCACUUGGUAAACUGUUCAGAGUGACAGCAUCCAGCCAGCUAUGUUCUUCUUCCCCUGGGUUGAUUGUGCCUGAUGAAAGCUGCCAUGGCUUUUUGUAACGAAAGCCUGCUGGACGAUUGUGACCUCUUGGAGCCAGAUGUGGAGCAACCAGCAGAAACUCUUCCGCCGGAAGUGUCGCCUCCUCUCAUAUCGGUCCCUCUCCGGGUGACACUGGCGGCCAUUAUGAUCUUCAUGAUAACCAUUGGUUUCCUCGGCAACGCAAUCGUUUGUCUGAUCGUCUACCAGAAGCCCGCCAUGCGCUCAGCUAUCAAUCUCCUGCUGGCCACAUUGGCUUUCUCUGACAUAAUGCUCUCGCUGCUCUGCAUGCCCUUCACCGCUGUCACCGUGGCUACCGCCGACUGGAGCUUCGGGAGCGGCUUCUGCCGGGCCUCCAUCAUGCUGUACUGGCUGUUUGUUCUGGAAGGGGUGUCCAUUCUCCUCAUCAUCAGCGUGGACCGAUUUCUCAUCAUUGUGCAACGGCAGGACAAGCUGACCCCACAUAGGGCCAAAGUGCUGAUAGCAGGUUCCUGGGUGCUGAGCCUGUGCGUGUCGCUGCCAUCCGUGGUUGGGUGGAGGACAGGUGCAGCAGGGAUCGGGGGCACCUGGGCACCGCAGUGCGUGCUGGGAUACAGCGAGUCAAUGGCAGACCGGGGGUACACGGUGCUCUUGGCUGUGGCCGUGUUCUUUGUACCUUUUGCUGUCAUGCUGUACUCGUACAUGUGUAUCCUAAACACGGUGCGCCGCAACACCCUGCGCAUACACAACCACGCCAGCGAGCGUUCCUGUCUGCCCGCCCUCAACCAGGUCAGCAAGAUGAGGCUCACCGGGCUGCAGCGGCCGCCUCACAUCAAGGUGGACAUGAGCUUCAAGACCCGAGCUUUCACCACCAUCCUCAUCCUCUUCGUGGGUUUCUCCGUGUGUUGGCUGCCCCACACCGUGGUCAGCCUGUUGGCCGUGUUCAGCCGGCAGUUCUAUUACAGCCCCAUCUUCUACCCGGUGAGCAUCGGCGCUCUGUGGCUCAGCUACCUGAAGACGGUGUUCAACCCCGUCAUCUACUGCUGGAGGAUCCGCAAGUUCAGGGAGGCCUGUCAGGAGUUCAUCCCCAAAAGCUGCAGGCUGUGUCCCCGAAUGCCAGGCAGGAGCCACAGGAGAGUGAGGCCCAGCAACAUUUAUGUGUGCAGCGAGACUCAGUCUGCUGUGUGAAACAGCAACUGACCCUUCUGCUAGAUGUUUUCUUGUUUUAAAUGCUGCCCAACAGGAAGUAUGUUUAAAAGCAAUAUACCACAAAACAUAGAUUCAAUAAUGAACACUCCAUCUAAACAUAAUCUCUUGAACUUUUUCACAUUGUUUUGUUUGCAACCAUAAACUCAUGUGCAUACUCCAACACAAAGUAGCACAUACAUCAGAGGAUGACAUUUGUUCCCAUCAUUUUAUGUAAGCUAACUUUAAGCAAUGUUUCAUACCUGGAGAAGGUGUGUAAACAUUUAUUCUGAAGUCUCGAUGCAUAUUUUCAGGUAGAGAUAGAUCUGCACUUUGACUGGGCCAUUCUAAGAUUUUUACUUUUUUGUUCUAAACCGUGCGUACUUAACACACUCAGAAAUAUAGUUAAAGCAAUUCAGAAUAUACAAUGUUUAAGCAAAUGUCUGAUAAAUAUAUACAGUUUCUCCAACAGGAUCAUUAAUGUGAUUCAGGUGUAAGAAAACAUGGAUGCAUCUCAAAGCUGCAGGACGGAAGAUCUAGAGGAGUGGAAUAGGACACCCCUGAUCUAAACCAUUCUAUUGUAGUUCUGUCUGUAUGUUUAGGGUUGCUGUCCUGCUGGAAGGAAAAGCUUCACAGCCUCCGGUUUUCUUCCACGAUAGUCCUUUAUUUAACUCCAUCACUGUUCCAAUCAACUCCGACCAGAUUAGUUCUCCCUGCUGAAGAAAAACCUUUCCACAACAGAAUGCUGCCACUACCAUGGUUUAACAAUGGGGUGGAAGUGAAUAGAAUGUAAAACACCUUCCUAUGUCUUGAUAAGCUUGAUGUUGUACUACACUCCAUUUGCUUUAAGAUGAUGGAUUAUGUAGUGCUCAGUGAGAUGCUGAAAGCUUGGGGUAAUUUUGUAUAGCCUAUCCCACCCCAUUUAUUCACUUUUCAUUUUAUCUUGAAAACUAUGUAUCAUUUUUCUUACAUUACACAAUUAUGUGCUACUUUGUGUUGUCCUAACACAUAAAAUCUUAAUAAAACACGUAAAAGUUCUGGGUUGUAACAAUGGUGUGAACAGUCUUAUAUGGCACUGAGCCAGUGUGUCCUUUCUGUGCACAAAAAUGUAAAAAAUGAAAUAGAAGAAACACAUCAUAUCUUCUGAAAACAUCAUGUGCAGUAUAUUGUCUACUGUUUGUUUCCAUAAGUAAAUAUAUGCUUAGUUUGCAGAUUAUUACAGAAGUUCCACCUGUUUUACAUCUUCCCUUGUGAGCUACUGGUUUGACCUGUCUGCUGCACGCUGUAACCUGUUGUCCUGAAACAAAUCAUUGGGGGGGGGGAAAUACUGUUGUUGUCAAAUGUGUAAAAGUGAAGGGGUUACAGACAAAUCAGGCAGUAUAAAUGUUCAGCAAGCUAUUAAAAAAAAAA